AUGGAGAACGACAUGUCGGAAGCACUCGCACAACUAAAUAUUUUGAACAAGCUUCCACAACAAUUAACAAAGGAAGACAUUAUAAACAAACACCUACCCACGGUUGACCACUGGGAAGAUAUUUACUACAAAUACUCUCAUUCGAUGGGGUUUAGUGUUAGAAAAGAAGAUGCCCGUCGGGACAAUGAAAAUAAAGAGUGGCAAAGAAAAUGGGUUUGCUCUAAUAAAGGGUUUAGACGAGAAAAGUGGACAAACCUAAAGAACCGUAAGAAAAAACCAAGGGUUGUUACCUGCACAGGGUGCCUAGCACUACUGCGCAUGAAGUUCGACAAGUCCGAAAACAGUUGGGUGGUGAAAGACUUUAACCCAACGCAUGAUCAUAACUUUGCUUUGAAGACAGAUAUGCAGUUCUUGAGAUCUAACCGUGCUUUCCCAGAUUGUAUGGGCACCCAAGUAAUGUCAAUGAGACGGUCGGGCAUAUGGACUUUCCACAUAUUGAAUCACCUUGCUGCAGAAAGAGGAGGACAUGAGUAUGUUCCGUCCUUGAAAAAAGACCUAUACAAUUGGAUUGGAUGA